AAAGGCCGCCUGGAGCAGCCUGUGUGCAGGAGACAGGUGCCCAGCAGCCCAGGAAGCCAGCCACAGCGUCCGCCCCAGGUGUCAUUGUCCCCGUGCGAACGUCACCAUGUCUGAGGUCCCCCGGGCUGAGACCUUUGUCUUCCUGGACCUGGAAGCCACUGGGCUCCCCAAUGUGGACCCCGAGAUUGCUGAGAUCUCCCUGUUCGCCGUCCACCGCUCCUCUCUGGAGAGCCCGGAGCGCGAUGAGGCUGGCACCCCCGUGCUGCCCCGCAUCCUUGACAAGCUUACCCUGUGUAUGUGCCCGGAGCGCCCCUUCACCUCCAAGGCCAGCGAGAUCACGGGCCUGAGCAGCGAGGGCCUGGCUCAGUGCCGGAAGGCCUGCUUCGACGAGGCCGUGGUGCGGACGCUGCAGGCCUUCCUCAGCCGCCAGGAGGGCCCCAUCUGCCUCGUGGCUCACAACGGCUUUGACUACGACUUCCCCUUGCUGUGCACGGAGCUGCAGCGCCUAGGUGCCCACCUGCCGCGGGAUACCACCUGCCUGGAUACGCUGCCAGCCCUGCGGGGCCUGGACCGUGCCCACAGCCAUGGCACCCGAGCCCAGGGCGGCAAGGGCUACAGCCUGGGCAGCCUCUUUCGCCGCUACUUCCAGGCAGAGCCGAGCGCGGCCCACUCGGCCGAGGGAGAUGUGCAGACGCUGCUCAUGGUCUUUUUGCACCGCGCGGCCGAGCUGCUCACCUGGGCCGACGAGCAGGCCCGCAGCUGGGCUCACAUCCGGCCCAUGUACACGCCGCCCGAUAGCCCGAGCCUGGAGGACUGAGUGCCAGGGGCUAGGUGACAUCACCACCCAGGGGGGCAAAGUCCACUUCCUGCACCACAAGCAGCACCAGCAUUGACCAUCCAGCCCCACUGAGGUCUGGAGCAGGCACUGGACCGCUACGUCUCUCCCGGGCCCCAUCCUCAGCCGAGCAUCUUCUUAGCCGGGCACUUGCCAGGCCUCCCCUGGGCGCUGGCCUCCCCAGCCCCCAGCCACACCCCCGGCCCGCUGGAGUUUGCCACUUCGGGCUCCCACCCUUCACCCUGCCUUACAAUAAACA